AUGAAUCCGAAACAAUUAUUCUAAGAUAAAUAUCAAUAGAUUAGAGAUUUCUUACUCUCUUCCUCUGAUGAAAGAAACAAUGAACAGUUAAUUGAUAUUAGGAACAUACUCGAAAGUUUCGCCUUUUUCAUUCAAUUUACAAAUACAAAAUCACAAGAGUUUAUAGAGAUGUGUCGAUAUUUGUAAUUGGAAGUGUAUGAACAGGAGCAAACCCUUUUUAGGUAGGGGGAUCCUGCAGACAAGUUUUAUAUAAUUUUAAAGGGAGAGGCUCGAAUAUUGAUUAAAAGUCCAGGCUUAGAUGAAAUUAAAUAGGUUGGUAUUUCAGGUGUAGGAGAUUGUUUUGGUGAAUUGGCAUUGUUAUUUAAUUCAGACAGAAAUGCUACAAUAGUAGUUGGGAAGUAAACUGAAUUGAUGGUUCUUCAUAGGAAUGAUUUCAAUAAGUAUAUGAAAUUUCAUUCUUCUGAAUAAGCGAAUUAAGCAUAUAACCUUCUCAAUGUGAUUGAGCCAUUUCUUUCAUUAAAUUUUCCGGAUAAAAUUAGACUUGCAAGUAAGAUGGAAUAUCGAACAUUUCAGUCAAAUUAUGCAUUCAUAAAUUAAGGACAGACUUUGAAUAAUUUUUACGUAGUGGAAUCAGGUUCUGUCAAACUCUAUCGUACAAUACCAUUUAAUAUCAAUAAAAAUGGAUUGAUUUAAUUUCAACAUAAAUAUGAUCCCAAUAAACAGAGUAGAAAUCUCAAGAUAGAAAUUGAUGAAAUAGGGCCUGGAAAGUAUAUUGGAGAUUACGAAUUACAACAUUAUAAGCCUAGUCAAUAUACAGCAGUUACAGGUAUGUAAACUACUUGUUUUGUGAUUUCUCUUAUUGAUUUCAAUUUAAUGAGUCAAUUCUAAUUAGCUGAAGUCUGUCGAAAUUCUAAGCCUUAUCCAACAGAUGAUCAUAUCAGAGAAGCCUUUCUCGAUGGCAUCAAAUGGAGAAUUUUCAGAAAACAAAUGGUCUCAAAGUUACAAUUAGAAUUAAAAACAUGCAGCGAAGUUAGAGAUCCAACAACCUUGCCCAAAUUUCAAUAUCAAAAGGAUCUUCGUCAAUUUGCUCUCAAAACACUCUCUUAUGAUAAGUUGAUGGACUCCUAUUUGAAUUCUAAUGGGGAACCUGCUUAAUAGUAGACUGGUAGCAUAGUUUUCAAUGAAUUAAAUAGCAAAAGUCCAUAAAAGAAGGAUAAACCAUUCUUUACUAAUGUAGAUGAAGCAAUUAGGAAACUAAAAUAAUCUUAAGGUGGCAAUAGAAGCAAGAAACAAAUCCUUCCAAAAAUAAAUCCGAAGUAAAGAAAUUAAUAUUAACUUCUUAAAAAUAAAAUUAAAAUGAAUCAAAUUUCCCAAAACAUCCUUGUUCAAAAACUUAUUGAUUACAAAUUACGACAAAUCUAGAAAGAACAAAAAUAAGAGAAAAGCUAGUCCUUAGUAUUCUCCACCAAAGAUGCCCAUAUCAUAAAGAUAGACAUCCUUUUCGAAUGGACAUGCAUAUUCGAUUCAUUAAAAAUUGAAAUCAAUUCAAAGUUAACAGAAAGUAUUCAUUCCUCAGGCUAUGCCACAGUCUCGGAUUUGCUAGAUCUCUUAAGCCAAAUGUUUCGCAUCAUUCAAUAGUAUGAACAGCAGGCAUGCCAUCUUUGGUCCAAAAAUCUCGAGAUGUUGAAGCAAAUCAAGAUCCCAAUCCUCCAGGAAAAUGAAGACUUGAAGCUUGCUGUAGAAAACCUAAAAUAGAAUGAUAUUUAAAAUAGCGUAUAUGGAUAAUUAAAAGAGUAUGAAUAAAUUUAGAAGCCAAAACCUAAAUUAAUCGAUUUGUAACACAUCAAUAGAGAUUCAAACUUCUAAGAAGAAUUUAUGUCGAAAGUAAAUGAAUUUAGUUUAUCAUGGCGACAAGAAGUGCAAUAGCUUAAGUAAUUAUGA